AACACUGGUCAGCUCGUCGUCGGUGCCCAGCAGUCGUGUUUCCUCCUGUGGCGGCGGCUUGUGUUCUCGAAGACUCACAAAAAAGGAACACUUCUCGGGGUGGUGACAGCGCCGUGUGACUGCUGAGUGCGAAGGAUGCCGUCGUUGCUCUUCUGCGGGCCCAAAAUGGCCGCGUGCGGUAUGGUCAUCAGCAUUUGGGGCGUCAUCAUGUUGGCGAUGCUGGGAAUCUUCUUCAGCGCCAAGUCGGCCGUGCUGAUCGAGGACGUCCCGUUUACCGAGGAGGACAUCCGCAACGAUCAACACCCUCCUCAGAACAUCUACGGUCUCUACAGCCAAGUGGGCAUCAACUGCUUCAUCGCGGCCGCCGUCUACGUGGCGCUGGGCGCCGUGUCGCUGUGCCAGGUUCGACUCAACAAGCGGCAGGAGUACAUGGUGACCUAAGAUGGCUGCUCCCCCCGCACCCCCAACACCCCUACAGACCUGUAAUUUAUUUUGCCUUUGAAACCUUGUGUGUUGUCAACUUCCCAUUCCACAAGUACAAACGUGUGAUAGCAAGUAUGGCUAUCCAAAUAAGUCCCGUGAAUGUGGUUUUGUGUAGAAAUAAAAAUGACAAAUCUGUUGGCACCAAA